UUCCUUACAUCCGGCUGCACUGCCCCACCUGAGUGGCUUGUCAAACUGUCCUGACAUUUUAGGAAAACCAGCAGACUGUGCUUCAAGGCAUCGCUUUGGUAGAAGGAUACACUUUAAUGAUGAAGAAUUCUUGGCUGUUAUGUGUUGCUCUGGCAGUCUUUUGGGGAGCUAUUCUUGGAGCAGCUUUUUAUGGGCUGGAUCAAGAUCAUGAUCAAGAGAAGGUUCUGGUUGAUAACAAGUGCCAAUGUGUCAAGGUGACAUCGAAAUUUGUCGCUUCAAAAGACGAUCCUGACAAUGAAGUCUUGGUGAGAAAUAUCCGAAUUGUAGUGCCCCUCACAGCCAGGGAGAACAUCUCCGAUCCCACCUCACCAGUGAGAACCAAAUUCGUCUACAAGCUCUCCAAACUGUGUGACAACUGUCACUCAAGUGGCAAUCCGGAGAAUGGCCAGAGGGUCGGGGAGAGUGGUCUAUGCAAUGACCCACAGGAACCCUGUUACACCUAUGACCGGAAUAAAUGCUACACUGCACCAUGUCUGUUCAACAAUGCUGGGAAAACGGAGACCAUUGAGACCGCCUUGACCCCAGAAUCCUGCUAUGACGAUUAGAGCCAAAUCAUAAUCAUACAAGAUAAUUCUAUACCAGACUUGUGUCACUUUUACACCAAUUCUUACUAAAUCCAAAUAUUCCUGGAAAUGACAGUUUGCUGAUAGGUAUUGAGAAUUCACAGUUACAAAGCUUGAAUAUUCUUCACAAGGAUAAGAGAAUUAGUUUCUACAUAUUGACCCCUCCUGCUUAAAGUAAAUAAAUCUUUGGAUGCAUCAGCAGAAUUUUUUCCUUUCUUUCAUUCCUGUUCCCGACUGCUGUAAUUUUCUCUUCUCUGUAAAACGGUUCCUUUCCCAUCUGCAUUAUUUACAGCGUAUGCAAAGUACAUGCUCUCAAUAAAUAAAUCAGAGUGCAUCUUUCAUUAUUCCUUCACUCUUUUCAUCGAGACUGAAAACUACAAAUCAGAGAAUGUGUGUGGGUUCUCCCACAGAAUGGCUCCUAAGAAGAAGCGAAAGGCUCCAGCCAAAAAGGCUCCAGCCAAGCGCCCACCCCCUUCAAACCUGGCCUCUUUGGACGAAGAUGACACCAAAACGGAAGUUCUCAAAAACCUAUUGGCUCGACUGGCUGCACUGGAAAAGAAUCUAGGGUUGGAGUGUAGAGGAGAGAGCGGCACGAGUUCUGGCCAGCCCAUGGUUAAGCUUGUGGGUCCUGCCGAGACACUGGAGACAGCUCCCCAAGUGCGCAUAUUAGAGUCAACAUCAUCAAGCAUGGAAGAAGUUCCCACAGGAAACAACAACACGAACAUAUUGCCCUGGGGUCCUUCUAACUCACAGGCUAGUGCUGCCCACAAGUCAAUAGCAUCAGUGCUGCAGCCUCAGGAGAGCUGCUCUCAGCAGGCCAGCCAGCAGGAUGUAGGGACAAUAACCGGUGUCCAGACAUUGCCAGAUAGACAUGGUCCCUAUCAUCAGUAUUGGGGUACUGCUGACUGGCCUCAGAAGGGUGGCUGUCGGGAGCACGCAAUUGAGUUGGGUAGCCACCUUACACAAAAAACAAUAGACAAAAUCCUGAGGGCAGAAUACAUAGAUAUAUUUUCACUGAUGUUUAGAGAACCGGACGAAUCAGAUGAUGAAGAGGAGGAAGAAAUUAAGAGAAAAAUAGAUCGAAAUUGGGGUAAUUGGUUUACUUGUUUUUUGAUAUACGCCGGCGUUAUAACAAAAGCAUAUCCGGCCAGAGCGCAUUCGCUAAUUGAGUAUUUGAACAUUAUCUACAAAGCACGUGUGAACUUUAGGGGCAACGCUUGGUUGCUGUAUGAUGAGCGUUUUAGAACAGAAGCAGCUCAGGAUCACACAUUGAGAUGGGACCUCAUUGAAGCACAGCUGUGGUUGCAGAUAAUGGUCUCUCCACGGAAGACUCAGGGUGAAAAGGCCGACAGCGGCCAUACCAUUCUAAAUUUCGAAGAGGAGCAGCGCCUUUGGCAAAUGCCCUCCCAUCAGCCACAAAAGAAGGCAGUGUGCUGGUUAUAUGCCUCUCAAGGUGUGUGUAAUAGAGAGGUUUGCAGAUUCCAACAUUUCCGUUAGAUCUGCAAUGGAACACAUUCUUCCAGAUUUUGCAAUAGAGGAAAACCCUUCAAAACCAUCCAAAAGGUUAAUCAGUAUCCCAAAAAAAGGACGGGGCUCCUUUCCUUUCCAAAGAGCCCCAGUCCAAUUAAUCUGCACCAAUUGGAAGUUUGGUUGGAUUCUUAUCCUGACACUAUAGCAUCCGACUAUCUAUGUAGUGGUUUUAAGGCAGGCUCCCAUAUUCCGACACAAGGUUCAAGAACCCCGUUUAGGUCCCACAGUUUGACGUUUGAAAUGAAAGAUUUAUUGUUAGCAUGAAUAAAAGUUUCCCAAAGUUUAA